AGUAAUAAGUACCAAAGUUGUGAGAUAAAGUACCGAUGAUCGGUAAAUUUUACGACGUCAAUAACGGCGAUGUCAUAAUUGUCAAUGCCAAAAUGACCUAAAUCUAAACGUUUUAAAGCGAAUGAGAGAUUCACGACAUGACAGUUACACAUUAAAAUCACAAAAGCAAGAUGAGAGCUAUAUUGAUAUUCGAUCAUCUGAAUGAUGUGUUAUUUGUAAAAUGUAAUAAAAAAUUUGCAAGCCAUAUUUUGAAGCUGGCAAGAAUGCAGGGACUGCUCGAUGAUGAUAAGGAUAUCACAGACUUGGAAGAUUCUAUACCAAGUCCCAACAUCAUAAUACAGUUGUUUUCACCCAUAGUCACCUCACAACAUGUGAUGGCUUCGCAGUUCGGAAAUUCCUAUACUUCCAUGAAGUUCCAUGAUGGAACUAACAUGGUAUUUGAUGAGUACAUUGGCUAUACAUUCAUGUAUAUUGCUGCAAAAGAUAUAGAGCUCAUGAGACAUACACUAGGAGUAUGUGUAUCUAUUGUACGACACGUGUGUGGUCCAGAUAUUGCAAUAUUAAAGACUAACUGGCAGAAGAUGUGUUUAGUAUCUUCUCUGUUGGAUGCAUGGUCUAAUUUAAGAAAUUGUGAACAAAGCAUAUUGACCGAAGCAGUGGAACAAUUGUCUGUGAAUGCGGAAGUAGCAUCCUCGGUCCUCAAGGUGCUGCAUGAUGCCUGCGACAAGCUGAAAAAUUCACAGUCUGAAUUUAGCAAUCUGCAUUUGCUGCUCCUAGUGGGGUCAAAGUUUCUAUCAUUGUACUCAAGCAAGAAUGCUCAUGAUUUGUACGCUUCGGACAUUUUGUUGAUGAUCCUGCUAUGCUGGGUAGUGAAUAAAAAGCGAAAGCAAAAUCAGUCGGAAAGCAAUGAUGAUUGCUGCGAUGAUAUCUUGUUACCAGAGAGCAGUGUUUUGAAAAGCGAUGAAACGAAAUUAAACUUCGGAGCUAAACUGGCCACUCCUACUUCAGAGGACAUAACGGAUCUCUUUAGAGGUUCCAGGGAAUCUUCUGUGAACGAAGGUCUCUCAUCCUUAACUGACGAUGAUCUCUACAGUCAGUCAUUUCUCCUCGGCUGUCAACAUAACUAUACAGCCAAUGCAGUUCACAUCUUCGAAUUAUCAGAUUCCAUUAACUUGAUAACAAUCGUUGAAGCUACAAAUCUGUCCAUUUCUUCAGGUUUAUGCGACAGUUUCCAUUAUUUAAAUCUAAUAAACAAUCUGCAGUUUCAACGAGACAUCGAUGAAAUGAAACCAGCCUUUGAGAAUCUCGAUGUAGCAAUAAAAAAAGUGUUAGAAGGAAUUAAAAAGAAUCGUUCGAAUGUCGGAAAUGAUGUGGAUAUGUGUCAGAAAAGGUUACAGACCAAAUGGGAUUUUGUCCGAAAAAAGUACAGUGAUCUUCUGCGAUCCAGAGAUCCCGAAGUGGUCCUACAGAUUGAAGCUAAUACUUCUGGCUUUGUAGAGACUUUGAAAGAACUAUUGCGUUUGACUUGUUUUGACAAGAAUUUUCUGAAGCAAGGAAUUGAUGUUUUGACAACGGUUGGCAGACUUGUGAGACAAAAGCUAAAUGAUUUCAGUGACUUCCUGAAAGUCAAAGCUCUAAAAAACUUCACGUUAGGAUCAAGAACUUCCCUAACUAUCAACAAAUAUCUUGAGGAGUUUCCAGGUCUAGUGCAUUUCAUCUAUAUCGACAGAAAUACCCACAGACUUGUGGCGCCUACGCUUGACUUCACGAGCACGGAAACGCUCGCUCUCACAAUGAAAAAAAUUUGGAACAUGGUUGAGCAAAGUAGAAUGCAUUUACAAGAGGGUCAUCUGUCAGUUAUGUGGAAAGACACUACAUUCAAUUACUCUUACUUUUUAUGGUUUGAAGAUAAUUCUGUAUGUGCAGUUUUCUUAUAUUUUUAA